AUGCUUGAAAAGCCCGACUUGGCUUUCGAGCCUAUCCACUCGUUAUAUACCAAAAUCGUGUACAUGAUAAACCUCAAGGCUUCAAGGGCGAGACUUCUUGUCAUUAUUUCAGCAGUUUUCGCAUUAUUUGGCUUGCUUCACUUUACUUUAUCACAAAACGCAGUGGCCUUCGCCAAAACCAGUCGGAUAAGCACCAAGAUAACACAGGAAGGGCCCCUUAUUCCAAAAAAGAUAUGGCAAAUCUACCUACGACCCUCGACGUCCAACGACAGUUUUCAAAUUGAUCCCACCAAGAUCUCUGACGCAGCCUCAUGGCUGGCUCGUAACCCCGACUAUUCCUACCACCUUAUUGGGGAUCAAGGCGCCUCCCGCAUCCUUCACCGGCACAAACUAUCAAAUCAGAAAAUACGACAAAUAUACAACAGACUGCCAAACACUGGUAUGAAGUCUGACUUGCUGAGAUAUUUGAUACUGGCGGAUGAAGGCGGCGUCUAUUCUGAUACGGAUGUGGAGGCACUUCGACCGAUCGACAGAUGGGUUCCCAGUCAAUAUUCUAGGGAAGCCAAAGUCAUAGUAGGGAUUGAAUUUGACAGAUUGAACGGAUCAAACUGGGGCGAAGUUCACGAAGAGAUUCAGUUCUGCCAGUGGACCAUCGCAGCUGCGCCAAACCAUCCGCUCUUACACAAUAUGGUCUCCUCUGUCGUAUCUGGCCUCGAAAAGUACUCCGCCGAUCGUAACUCGACCUUGGAUCAUGUCAAAAUCACGAACUCGGACGUCAUCAACCUCACGGGCCCAUCUGCAUGGACAGAUGUUGUCUUUGAACAGCUUCGCACUUUUCAACCAAACCUCACAUCCAUACGGAAUCUAACCGGGCUGACAGAACCAACUCUCAUCGGAGACAUCUUGGUUCUACCCAUCGAUGGGUUUGGCAUGGGACAGGGUCAUUCAAACAGUACUAAUGACGGCUCGAUACCGGAAAGUGCGCUUGUUCGACACAAGUUUCACGGCUCAUGGCGGCAGGAAACGGACAAAAAUGAUUGA